CCAGCAAAGAAUGGACUCGCAAACGCCAUCUCGCGUCUUGCAAAAGAGGCGAACGACAAAUUUCCGCGAGGACGAAACCAAAUUGCUCAUUCAGCUGUGGGGUAGUCCCCAAAUACAAAACAAACUGUACCUCACGCACCGCAAAGCCCCUGUGAUGAGGUUGCUGGCGGCCAAUAUGCAACAUCGUGGAUUUUACAGAACCCCGGACGAGAUCAAAACGAGAUUGAGGAACCUCAAAUGCCUCUACCACAGGAUUAAGCGGAGCGUGCAAUCGGGAGUGGGGAUAGGAACGGUGGAUCCUGAUUGGCCGCACUAUAAGGCCAUGGACGAGAUACUGAACAAGAAGAACAGCGCCAGACAGGACUUGUACAGGGACAAUAUCUUUGAGGGGCCGAGAUGCGAGGAUAUCAAGCAGGAGUUGAUGGACGAAGAAAUUGAUAUCAACGACGAUAUGGACUCCUACACCACCAACAGUGUUAAUGAAUCUGAUGCCGAAUUCGAAGAAGACGGUCACAUGCCACCUCUCACCCCCGCCCCACCGACCCCGAAAGAAAAACCGGAAGAACCCGAGCCCGUCCGAAUAGCGCCGAAACCAAUCGUACAACAAAAGGUUGUCCAGCCCAGCAGCGGCCUGCAAAUUCCCGUCACCACCUCUAUCAAGUCGGGCACGAACGGUGCGACGUUGCCGUUUCCGCUGCUCAUUCUCAACGGACUUUCCAACCAGGCUCAUCAGACCAACGGGAACUCCAAGAAGGAUGGGAUCGGAAACGGAGGCAUGGGACAAGAAGACGUAUCCAUCCUACUAAAAAACAUAUUCGAAGUCCAGAAGGAGCACCUCGAGCUCGAGAAACAGAGGCUAGAAAUGGAAAGAGAAAAAUUAGAAUUCCACCGACUGGUAGGCUCAAGACUACUGACGAUGUUCGGCAGCAUGCUGGAAAAACUGACUUUUCCUACCACCACCAACAACAACAAUAACAACAUCAAGGAAGGUCUCAGCGAAGACGAAGAUCCACCCAAGAAAAUGAUGAAGCAAGGGAUCAAACGGCGCAUGCCCGAUAGUGACCAGGACGUCCUGAAAGACAGCAAGAUCUUGAGGAAUGUCCUGGAGGACGGGAUAAAGAAAUAUAUGAUGGGGGAGGGGAUUGAGGACAGCAAUGAUAACUCUGAUAUAGUAAAGAAAGAGGCUGUUGACAAGAAUUGAGGCUUCUUUGUGAUAUAUUGUUUUGCUCUUACACAUUCCCAGAAUGACAUUCCGUUUUUGUUCAAACAUUGUGAUUUUAUUUAUUCUUUCUGUAGGGUUAACUAUUUAUUUUUUAUUUAUUUGUAUUUCUUGUAUCUGCAAAAUAUAGUGUUUAGUUUUCAUCACAA